UUGUUACAAUUGUAUUGUGACUAAAUAUGUACCUAUAUCAACAAAAAAAUGUUUCAAUUUUCACUCAGAAUAUUUUUUGUACUUACGAAAUUGUGUUUUUCACUCGUAGAAACCUAUGUACUUACUUAUAUUUUGGCACCACACUCGAUGUUUCCAACAUUUUCCCACAAAGUUGGAUUUAGUACCGCAUCUUUCGAGUCCCUGUUGCCAUUGGAACAAGAAUUUCCAUCUGCUGAAGAAAAAAAAAAUUGCCUCAUUUUCACCAGGGAAAGUUGAAGUAAUUUAUGUCAGUUCUCCUAAUUUUCUAAUUUGGGAGACCUAGGUAUUUGUACAAAAGAGUUCCGUGUGAUCAGAGGAACUACACCAACAAUAACUCGGCUAAUUUGACCUAGAAUCGGUGCUGACCACAUCUGCAUCAUCUGUUACAAAUCAAAUACAUAUUAAAAAUUGACAUGUUUAGAGAAUUGCAAUGUUGAAAUUGAAAGCUUUCAAAUAAGCCAAAACAUCAUUUUUCUAUUUUUUCAUGCCAGCUAUAAUAGAUAUGUGAAAUAGGUAUCUUCUUAUUCAAUCGUUGAUUUUGCAAAUAAAAGCAAUAAAUUCCAAAUGAACACUGAAUUGUGUUGAAAAAAAAAUGGCAAUGUAAGUAAUAUAGCUAAAAUAUGUCAUAAUUUUUAGAAAUUGCAACAUUAUCAACGAUUCAUUUCUCUUGUUGAAAUACUAAUGACGUAUUCCAAUGGUAUAAAUAAAUGAAAAGAAGCAGUAAGUAAACUGGUUAUUAAUAUUUCAUUUGUGGUGAAUGUCUAUGUGUAGUUGGUGUUCUCAUUUCUGAAACAAUGUUGAAAACAGUUGUAAUUUUUUUAUUCAUUGUCGUCUGUGUUGAGUUUGAGAUGUUACACAGUAGCCAUCUUGUAACAAAACAUAGACAGAGAAGACAAGCAUGGCCUCCCUCCAAAGAUGCUAGUUCAUCAUCAUCAAGUGGCAUGGAUUCUACUUCUGGGGGCAGUGAAUUUGAAGGUAGUGGCUCAUCUAUGCCAAGUGAUGGUAAAACUGAUCAAAGCGCAUCAUCUUCUUCAAGUAGUAAUGAUUCAGAUGACAGUGAUGGUUCAUCUUCAUCAGGCAGUAGUAGUUCUGAUAAAGGUGGCUCAACUUCUUCAAGUGGGAGUGAUUCUGAUAGUAUGGGUUCAUCUUCGAGUCAAGGCAAAUCUGAUGACAGUGGUGAUUCAUCUUCAUCUGGUAGUAGUGGUUCAUCUUCCUCAAGUAGUAGUGAUUCAGACAACAGUGGUUCAUCUUCUUCAGGUAGUAGCAGUUCUGAUAGCAGUGGUAUAUCAUCUAUAAGUGGAAGUAAUUCUGAUAGUAUGGGUUCAGCUUCUUCAAGUCAAGGCAAAUCUGAUGACAGUGGUGAUUCAUCUUCCUCUAGUAGUAGUGGUUCUGACAGCAGUAGUUCAUCUUCUUCAUCUUCCUCAAGUAGUAGUGAUUCAGACAAUAGUGGUUCAUCUUCUUCAGGUAGUAGCAGUUCUGAUAGCAGUGGUACAUCAUCUACAAGUGGAAGUGAUUCUGAUAGUAUGGGUUCAGCUACUUCAAGUCAAGGCAAAUCUGAUGACAGUGGUGAUUCAUCUUCCUCUAGUAGUACUGGUUCUGACAGCAGUAGUUCAUCUUCUUCAAGUAGCAGUGAUUCAAAUAGCAGUGGUUCAUCUUCAAGCAGUAGCAGUUCUGAUAGCAGUGGUUCAUCUUCAAGCCAAGGUAAACCUGAUGAUAGCAGUGAUUCAUCUUCAUCUGGCAGUAGUAGUUCAGAUGGUAGUGGUUUAUCUUCUUUAGGUAGUAUGAGUUCUAAUAGUAGUGGUUCAUCUUCUUCAAGUGGGAGUGAUUCUGGUAGCAUUGAAUACCAAGGCAGACAAGUUAAUAACGCCACCAGAAACACCAGAAAUAUAAUUUCUGUAUCCUUUUAGGAUGCAAAACGCAGUUGGGCUUAAUAUGUCCACACUAACAGGAGUCAAUAUGAACUAGUGCCUGCAUUUAUCUUACUUAGUGAUAAUGGUGAAAUUACUAUAAAUAACAAAGACAGUAUCUUUGAUGGCCGGAUUUGAGAAUGGGGACAUUGUAGUGUGUGCUUUCAAACAUGGUUUCUACAUCAAUGAUAAAUUAGUUCCUUUGGAAAACUGGGCCAUUGAUUUCCCCCUACUGUACUACCAGUCUGGAAAAAUCCAAUAUUUUUGUCUCAAUGUUUACAAAGAUGGUGCUCUGAGAUAUAUAAAUAUUGGAGGAAGGUAGGCAACUGCCAGCAGUAAUGUGAAAUUAUAAAUCUGAAACUAAUAUUCAUUAAUGGAAGUGGAAGCUGCUCCUUGAAAGAUCAUUUUCUAUUCACAGGAAUUUUCUAGUCUAGGUUCUUCUUAUGUAUUACAUUUUUAAACUUGGCACUGAAGCACAUAUUGCCUCCUCAAUGGGAACUUCUGAGUUACAGAUGAUCCACUUAUUUUUUUACUGAUUACCUAAUUAUUUUGUAUAUUGGAGUAAUUAUCAAUAAAAUAAAAUUUUUGCACUCAA